AUGCCGCGUCGCCAACUGCUUCAAUGCGCUCACGUCGCUGCAGCAAAGCGACCGCCAACUGCUUCACCUGCUCCGCUCAAUGUACGACGACUUGCUCUCCUUCGACCGCACUUUGUCCGCGUGUUCCAAUUCACGGCCGCUGUUGUCCACACGUUUUACUUCCCACAUACACGAGCGGGCAAUAGUCGCGUCCGGUUCCUGUCGUCCACUAGGGCUUCGGCACCCAGCGACUCCUUUGCCUCGUUCGCUGCGUCAGCACAGCGCGAUCUGGUCGAGAUCCAGGACGCCGUCACCGCUGCACACGUCGAAGAACGAGUCGCCGCGUUGCGGGACAACGCCGCUGACCCGAAGCUCUGGGACGACGCCACGAACGCCACGGCAGUGCUGCAGCAUCUCGCUGCACUCGAGUCCCAAUUGGCUCAAGCCCGUGACUUGGACCGCCAGUUCGUGGAUACCAAGGCGCUCUACAACAUGGCCGCAGAAGAGCAGGACGAGCUCAUGCUCGAGGAGUGUACACGGGCGAUGGCUGCAGUGCGGGCGGAAUCGCAGCAGCUUCGACUCGGACUUGUGCUGGGGCACGAAAGCGACAGGCGUUCGUGCUUUAUUGAGAUCAAAGCCGGUGCGGGCGGCACCGACAGCUGCGACUGGACGGCGAUCUUGGCGAGGAUGUAUGCGCGCUGGGGCGCUGCUCGUGGUUUCCAUGUCCAGCACGUUGACGAGUCGGCUGGAGACGAAGCUGGGUUUCGAUCGGUCCUGAUGCGCGUGGAAGGCGUGUCGGCCUACGGAUGGGCCAAGUGUGAAGCGGGUGUACACCGUCUUGUGCGCAUCUCGCCGUUCGAUAGUGCCCGGAGGAGACACACGUCGUUUGCGCAAGUGCGUGUGUACCCCAUGGCUACUGAAGGUAGCGCUGACGACCAAGUUGAGAUGUCCACCAAGGACGUACGCAUCGAUACGUUUCGAUCGUCGGGGCCUGGUGGACAGCAUGUGAACUCGACCGACAGUGCGAUCCGAAUCACUCAUUUGCCCACGGGCAUUGUCGUGCAGAGCCAAUCCGACCGAUCACAGCAUCGAAACAAGGCUGAAGCGCUGGCGAUGCUGCGAGCGAAGCUGUACCAGCGAAAACUUGACGAAAAAGCUCAAGCCAGGCAUGCAGCCACUCAGGAUCUCGGGGACAACGCGUUUAGCAACCAGAUCCGGUCGUACGUGCUGCAUCCGUACCAGCUCGUCAAGGAUCAUCGCACAAACUACUCGGAAAGUAACACGGCUCGAGUGCUUGAUGGUGGUAUUCACCGAUUCAUCGAGAAGAUGCUUCUUCACAAAACAAUGUCCACCAGUUCUACAGAGGGGCAAUCGAGCUGA